UGAGUACUUACAUAUGUGACUGUUCUCGAAAGUGAAAGUAAUAAAAAUAUCAAUAUUUUUACACGUAAACUUCCUGCUAGAUCUAUUCAUUUUGCAUUUGUUCUUUUCACUCCGAUAAAAUGCAGGGCAUGUACAGUACCAGAAGUCCAGCUGUGAAGAGGCUCAUGAAGGAGGCCCAGGAACUGAGUGAGGCAACAGAGCAGUAUUAUGCGCAACCUCUAGAGGACAAUCUAUUUGAGUGGCACUUUACAAUAAGAGGACCCUCUGACACAGACUUCAGCGGGGGCAUUUAUCAUGGGAGGAUUGUUCUACCCCCAGAGUACCCAAUGAAGCCCCCGAGUAUUAUACUUCUCACACCGAAUGGUAGAUUUGAGACCAAUAAAAAAAUAUGCCUUAGUAUUUCUGGGCAUCAUCCAGAGUCUUGGCAGCCAUCUUGGUCCAUUCGCACUGCAUUGCUGGCUAUAAUUGGUUUUAUGCCUACCCAUGGUGCUGGAGCUAUUGGGUCCUUGGAUUAUCCUCCAGAGGAAAGGAAGAAACUGGCCAAUAGGAGCAAAGAGUGGAAGUGCCCCACAUGUGGAAUCAUAAACUAUAUCCUGAAGCCAAUGACUGAAGAGUCUGAAGAAUCCAAAAAGACUUCAGAAGAGGCAAAGGAACUGGCCAGUCAGAUCAAUUUCCAGGCCGAGAAAAAACCCGGUGACAAUGUAACAGCAGCUAACCAGGAGACAACCCCUUCAUCACCGACCAAUGAUCAAACUCAGUCAAAUCCACAAUCACCAACUAACUUUGCUAACCCUGUGUUCAACAAUGGAUUUCCUUUUCCACCUCCCAUGAUGGGAAUACCCAAUUUUCCCAGUUUUCUCCCCUUUCAGAUGCACCCAGGAGGAGGAGGGGGAAGUGCGACUGUACCCAGAUUUCCCCCACCUCCCCCUUUUAUACCAGGAAUGUUUCCCCCAGGGCCACAAAAUGCUUUCAUGCAGCAAUGGCAAAUGAAUCCCUUUAUGAUGGGUCGGUUUCCUGUUCCUCCCUCAAUGAUGUUUCCAGGACAAAUGCCUCCAUCACAACUCUCUCAGCCCAUGACUAAUUCUCCACCACAAGCAACACAAGCUAGUACACAAAUACCCCAACCACAACCCCUAGCUACCAAACUGCCAACAAGUACCCAAUCUGUACGACCUCAGACUGCACCAUCCAGCUCCGAGCCCACAAAAGUGGAAAACAUCACCUCAACAUCUUCUUCAGCAAAUAAUGAAUCCAGUGAGGGUAUGGAUUCAACCGCUUCUCCUGACAUUUCUCCUCCAGGAUCUGAAAAUUCCAAUCAAGAACCUCAGAAAUCCUCACCUUCUAUCCAGUCAAGUACAGACACAUCCUCUUCACAGCCACAGCAAUCGACCAAUGUUCCUACAGGUCAAAGGUCAAAUGAGGGACUAAGACAGAGGCUGGUGGAGGAUGAUGGGAUUAAUGUGCAGUAUAGGGCACCGGUAGGUAGAGUGGGUCAGAGCGCCGAGAUCGUUGACCAUCAACACAGACGAUCAGGCCUAAGUGUGGCCAACCUGAUGGUGUUCUUCAUCGGACUAGCCAUCGCCAUUCUUCUGAUCAGACGAUUCUUCUUGUCUCGUAACUGGAAGUUUUACUAUGGUGUGUGAUCACAGCUGGUGUUCUAUAAAAGGCUUUAACUGCAUUUUGUGAUAUUGCUGAAAGCAUAUUGGUUGUUGAUAGUUUUGUAAAUAUUCACGAUAUAUAUAUACAUUGAUGUACAUGUACAUGUAUUUUAAAGAUGCUUUCAUCUGUUGCAAUGUAUGUGCAUGUGCAUAUUUACAGUAUUUGUUUUUAAGUACAUGUACAUCUAAAAUUUUUCAAUGUAAAACCCAAUGCAAGAUGAUGGGUAGAAUAUUUUCAUAUUUUAAUAUUACAUGUAGAUUUUUUUGAGGGAAAACACAUUGCUUUACAGGUUAAUGUUAUGUUAGAAUAAAUUAUUGCAGG